CUGCUUUAAGUCACUGUGUUUUGGUCCUGUAUUUUGCACUUUGAACUCUUUGUUUUUAGCAUAUAUCUCACAAUUUUUAAGUUCUAAUCAGUUAAGUUUGAAAGUGUUGCUGAGUUAAUCGUUUGAAUAGUUUCUAUUAUGUUUUUUCGUCAAAUCACCUCCCAAUUUUCAAAUCAUUUAAAAAGAUGCCAGAGUACGCUCGUUAUUGCGGAGCACAACAAUGAGGGACUUCUACCCAUUACCCAAAAUGCUUUAACCGCUGCAAAACAGUUAGGAGGCGACAUAUCAAUACUGGUUGCAGGGACCAAAUGUCAACCUGCUGUAGAAGGUUUAUUAAAGGCUGAGGGUCUCUCAAAAAUUUUGGUGGCUGAAAGUGAUAUAUUUAAGGGGUUUACAGCUGAAAACCUUACACAAUUAAUCCUCACCACCCAUACUCAAUUUAAAUACACACAUAUAUUGGCAGCUGCUUCAUCUUUUGGAAAAUCACUUCUACCAAGAGUAGCAGCUAAAUUAGAUGUAUCACCAGUUUCAGAUGUGAUUCAAAUAAAAUCUCCAGAUACAUUUGUUAGAAGCAUUUAUGCAGGCAAUGCAAUACAAACGCUGGUUGCCAAAGAUCCUGUUAAAAUUUUAAGUGUAAGGGGAACAAGUUUUGAAGCUUCAAAAUUAGGGUCAGGAUCGGCAGCAAUUGAAAAAUUAUCUGCUGAAGGAUGCGAUACAGGAUUAACAACAUUCAUUAGCCAGGAACUGAGCAAAUCAGAUAGACCUGACUUGACUAGUGCCAAAACUGUAGUUAGUGGAGGUCGAGGUUUGAAGUCUGGGGAUAACUUCAAGCUUUUGUAUGAUCUUGCCGAUAAGCUGAAUGCCGCGGUUGGAGCUUCUCGUGCUGCAGUAGAUGCCGGCUAUGUACCAAAUGACUUGCAAGUUGGUCAGACAGGCAAGAUUGUAGCUCCUGAUUUGUACAUUGCAGUUGGAAUUUCCGGGGCCAUUCAACAUUUGGCGGGAAUGAAGGAUAGUAAAACUAUUGUUGCUAUCAACAAGGACCCUGAAGCACCUAUUUUCCAAGUAGCCGAUUUCGGGUUGGUGGCGGACUUGUUUAAAGCUGUACCAGAACUAACCGAAAAACUGAAGUAGCAAGAGUGAAUCUGAUUCCUAUUGAUUUUCAAUUAUUGUUCCGUAUAUAUCAGAAGGUUUAUAUAAUAAAAUUCUUGUAUAAAAUAAA